AUGUUGGCAUCUCCAGAUACCCAAGUGCAAAAGCCUGAUACCAUCGAUACCCAAAUCUACGAAAAACCGAAUGCUUAUGACGAUGACGAUCCCAUCGCCGCCAACGAAAACCGCGAGGAAGCUAUUGCCAAGGCGACCAAUUUACCGUCGCCCCCGCCACCUUACGUUAAACAUCCCAAGGAAUAUGAUGCUCUUUCAUUCACAUCGUCUCUGCUCAGUCACGCCACUCCGACGACACAAACCACUUUUACCGAGGACGUGGCAACGCCCUCUCGGACGUCGUCCAUGAGCUUAUCGUCUUCCGAAGUGCUCAGUCCCUCAACGAGUUCCAUGACCAGUGCAAGCGAACAAACCAAAAGCUCACUCAAAUCAUCCCUAUUGAAUCGAUUGAGAAAGCGGUCAAAGGAGGACAUGAUCACUUUUGAAAUCCGCAAACGGUCUCUCACGAAACCGCACAUGCACGACUUUUAUUUUAGCGGGACCAAGAUGCUGGCUUACCGUAAAAUGCAACCUCAUUCUUAUUCUUGGGGAUUUCAAAACAUUUUAUACCGCACAGUGGGUAGUGAACGGCAGGACGACGGAACCAAAGUGGCGGAAACUCGACGACGCGCUUUUCACAAGGACAUUACGGUAGAAUGGGGCGAUUAUGAUGCACCAAGCUUGACGACCCAUGAGUUGAUCAACAAGGCAAAAUCCCAUUUACUGUUUGUAUACGAAUCUCAAGUGGAAGAAUACCGUAUACGAUGGCGACGACCGAAUUUGCUGUCGCACGAUAUGAUUUGCGAAAUCAAGAAGAAGCAAACAACACCUGCACCAUCAGGCGAAAGAAUACCGUGGCGGCCUAUUGCCGAGUUUGACAGUCAUGGCAUGGGAUACCUUAUCCAAAUAGGAAAGCUGGUGAUUGAUCGUCAAGCGCUUUCUUACUUCCAGCGGCCGGAUUACCUUGAAGCACACCUUGUCAUUCUGUGUUCGACCUUUGUGGACCUUAUGCGCGAAGUGGUUGAGAAAGCAGUCGGAUUAGGCAAUGGUGGAGUGGCUGGUAGCGAGUAG